CAUUCAAUAUUCAAUUUCAUUACACAAAAUAAAGGCAAAGCGCAGCAAAAUUUCUCAGCUCAUUCAUUCAGAAUAUUUGAUGCAAUAUAUAGUCGCAUAUUCUAAAAAAUUGAAAAGUCUUAUACAAAAAUUAGAAAUGUGGAGUGAAUUCUUCGGACGGUUUUUAUAUGAUUUAUUUGAAACGAUGCUAUCAUAUUUUUUAAGAUUCAUAUCUCAAAAUAAUUUGGAGGAACCUUUAGAAACAACACGUUUAGGGGCUUGCAAAACAGCAACCACUUUUUCUUCAUAUCUCUCACAAAAUCGUGAGUAUCUCCAACAAUCUACAAAAAAUAUAACUGAAUUUUGCUUAAACGAAGUCUAUAUUGACCAGUAUUUGCGCAAAAAAAAUUUAAAAACUGAAAAGUAUGAUAAAAAGAAUUUGCGCACGCUAACUUAUGUGGAUAAAGGAACAAUUUUCAAAGAACAGAUAAAUGAAAUUAAAUAUGGGCUAGAAUUUGAAUCUAAAUCAUAUAUAUACAAACACAAGCAUAUAGUCAAUUCUGUCCCCUAUAUUCAAGAUAUAUAUCUUGGAUAUAAGUUUUGUGAACAUUCAAAAAAGGUUUGUUUUGUUUUGAAAACGAUUCGUGAGAAUUUUAAAAUAAAAAAUAUUUUUGUCCAACGUGAUGAUAUUGGGGAAUUAAAAAAAAUAGAUACUUCUAUUAUGGAUUUGGUGUUUUACGUUGACAAAAAAUGUUUAUUCAGUAAUGUAGAUAUUAAAAUAUUUUUAGUGCAUAAUAACAUAUCGGAUGACUCGACAAUCUUUAAUUGCGAUUCAUUUAAAUUCAAACGCUUCAAUUUAAAAGCACCGGAUCAAAAAUUCGUAUAUGAAAUGGCACCUUACAUUUCAGAAGAUUUUAAAAUUUUAUACUCUAAAAAAGAAGAACAACAAAUCAAAUAUUUGUGCCAGAUUUCUCCAAAGUUCGAGUCAUAUAUAUCUAAUGGCAAACAAUUAACCCGAGAAAAUAUGUGUGAAGUUUUAAAAUAUUUAUUAACGUUAGAAGAUUUGGAGAUUUUAAAACCAUAUAACAAUUUAAUUCAACACAACAUAUUAAUGAAUUCACAAAACCUGGAAAAAUAUGUGGAUGAUGAUGGGGAUGAUGUUUUUGAGUGGAAGUAUACUUUAGAGCUAUCAAAACAAAGAAGAAUAAAUCAAACACAAACUGCACCUUGCGUAGAUGAUGAUGUAUACAUUUGUAGCAAUGACAAACCUUGUGAUUUUUGGUCAGCUAUGGAAGAAUCAAAAUUUUAUGGCAUAGUAUUAACUGUCUCGAAAGAAAAAGUAACAUUUACAAUAAAAUCAAAACGCGAUAUCUGUGGAAUUUGUUUCGAUAGUCCUAUGUAUACCAUAGUAUUUAGUCCAUCCCGUUUCACAAUUCGUCUACAGUAUCGUGCAUUGGAGUUACUGAGUAAAGAACGAAUUGAAAACAUCGAUCGUAUUUUUUUUCCUGCAGGUGUUGAUCCGAUAUAUGCUAUACCACAAGAGAGAUUGGUACUUUUUAAUGAAAGCAUUUACGAAAAUCCUGAACAAUUACAAGCAGUGCGCACCAUAGCAGCGGGGCCCAAAUGUAAAGUACCAUAUAUAAUAUUUGGACCACCAGGAACGGGAAAGACAACUUUAAUUGUGGAAUGUAUUCUACAACUCUAUUUACAUCGACCAAAUACUAAAAUUUUGGUUACUGCUGCAUCAAAUACCGCUUGUGAUGAAAUAGCGGUACGUUUAUGUAAAGCACUGUUCCACUAUAAUGACGAAUUUUCUAUUGUUCGCUUAUAUGCAAGAUCAUUUAAGAAAGAAACAAGCUUUCUUCUUAAAGAACAUUCUAAUAAACAUUCAAAGUACUUCUCUCCAAACAAAAAUGAUAUCAAGAAAUAUCGCAUUGUAAUAAGUACAUUAUCUGUCAUAGGAAAAAUUGAUAUUCAAGAAUCCCAAUCACCAUUAUUAGAAGAAAAUGAAACCAGUGCUUCCAUAACUCAUUUUACACAUAUUUUUAUUGACGAAUCGGCUGCUACAACAGAAACAGAAACUUUGCUUGCUAUUAUUGGCUUGUUACCAACAAAUGCAAGUUUGAUACUUUCCGGUGAUCACAAACAAUUGGGCCCAGUAUUACAGUCAAAAGCCGCAGAACAUUUGGGAUUUUCUAUUUCAUUAAUGGAACGUAUACUUAAAUCAGCAUGCUAUCGAGUAAAUCACAACGGAGAUUAUAAUCGCUCCUUUCAAACACGUUUACGACGCAACUAUCGUUCUCAUCCCGAAAUAGUAAACUUAUUUAAUCACCUUUUUUAUAACAAUCAAUUACUUCCACUAGCCAAAGAGAAUGUUGAACUCAUAUGUAAAAAAUGGUCUAGAUUACCAAACACCAAAUAUCCUAUUUUGUUUCAUUCGGUUGAUGGAAUUGCUGAAACUGAAACUGAAUUAAUUUAUAUGAAUCAAAUUAGAACUUGA